AUGGAUUUGCAAAAUCUUCUUCUCUCCCCUAACAGCUCAGAACUCUCUAAUGGCGGUUCUAGGGCUAGUUUUGACAUGUUCUUCAUCUUCUCUCAAGUUCAAAUUUUCAAUCUCAAAGCUUUAAAAUUGUCUCCAACGGCGAACAAUACAGUCGAAAAUACAGGAGGAUAUUCACAUGCAAACAGUCAACACAUUGAUUACAACGAUCCUUUAUAUGACCGGUGCAAUGCAAUUGUUCAGUCGUGGAUCAUGAGCUCGGUGGCAAAGGAGCUUAGAAAGGGAAUUGUCUUCUCCUCAAACACACAGAAAGUCUGGAUUGUGUUGAAGACUAGGUUUGAUAAGGGAGUUUCUAGUGUAUCAGUAUACUUUUCGAAUCUGAAUGAUUUGUGGGAUGAAUUUGAGUCAUUGAUUCCGGAACCUUGUGAUUGUGAGAGGUCAGGACCAUUUGUGGAAUUUUUACACCAACAGAAACUUAUGAAAUUUCUGAUCGAAUUAAACGAUACUUAUGCACCACAAAGGAGUCAGAUUCUCAUGAUGCAUCCAACACCCUCACUUGAUCAAACCUACUCCACAAUUAUUCAGGAAGAAAGCCAAAGAAAGAAUAGUGGUUUGACAACACAGGGUGAAAUUUUAGGAAGUGCUCCUGUGGAUAUUGACCAUACUUCACUAGCCUCUAUUCUCAAGCUGCUAAACAAGGAGAAGGGUCCUGAUGCCUCAACCAACAUGACAGGUAACUCUACUACUGACCAAAGUCCUUGGAUUAUUGAUACUGGGGCUUCUAAUCACAUAGUUUUAGCCUUACAUCUACUAUCAUUAGUAUACCAUGUACCUGAACUCAAAUCACCUACUGUACAUUUACCUAAUGGAAAUAGUACUAAAGUUACUCAUACUGGACUAUGUACUUUGCCUAACUCAGAAGUCCUUUAUGAUGUUCUUUAUGUUCCUGAAUUCCAAUUUAGUCUACUCUCUAUUUCUAGAUAUACAAAAGAGUUAAACAGCUCAGUUCAUUUCUAUCCUGAUUUUUGUGUCUUUCAGGACCUCUUCGGUGGCAUGGUGAAGGGGAUUGGUAAGCUCAAGGGUGGUCUUUACAUCCUUAAUCCCUCAACACUUGUUACUACUUCUGCUUCUAAUUGUGUGUCUGCUUCAGUCCAGUCAAAUUCAAGUGCAUUAUGGCACCAAAGGCUGGGUCUUGCACCUCUUGCAGUAUUGAAAAAGAUUCCUGAUCUAAAUAAAUAA